AUGACAUCUCCCCUUUCAACGUCACAGCCCUAUUGCAAAUACUGCAAUUCGACAGCGCACACCACAGAAGUAUGCACUAAUACCGCAAAUUGGACUGCAUACCAGCCGAGUAGAUUGAAGUGCUCUCGUUGUACAUUACGCGGUCAUACGAGCAACUCCUGCAACAACCCGGCCGGCAAGGACUGUGCCUACUGCUUGGCACCUGGUCAUGAGAGAAUGGAGUGCCCGCAA